AUGCCGGGCACGGACUCCGGGCGGGGGCAAAGCCCGGCCUCGGAGGCUCGGCCUCGGCCGCCGAGGAGGUCCGGGCUCCCCCCGACGCCCUCCCACCCCGUGCGCUCUCGUUGCAGCUUCCUCCUCGUCUUCAGCUGCCUGGUGCUCUCCGUCUUCUCCACCAUCCAGGAGCACCAGAAGCUGGCCAACGAGUGCCUCUUCAUCCUGGAGUUUGUCAUGAUCGUGGUGUUCGGCAUGGAGUACAUCGUCCGCGUCUGGGCGGCCGGCUGCUGCUGCCGCUACCGGGGCUGGAGGGGACGGCUCCGCUUUGCCCGGAAACCCUUCUGUGUGAUAGAUUUCAUCGUCUUCAUCGCCUCGGUGGCCGUCAUCGCCGCCGGCACCCAGGGCAACAUCUUCGCCACCUCGGCGCUGCGCAGCAUGCGCUUCCUGCAGAUCCUGCGCAUGGUGCGCAUGGACCGCCGCGGCGGCACCUGGAAGCUGCUGGGCUCUGUGGUCUACGCCCACAGCAAGGAGCUGAUCACCGCCUGGUACAUCGGCUUCCUGGUGCUCAUCUUCGCCUCCUUCCUCGUCUACCUGGCCGAGAAGGACGCCAACGCGCAGUUCGCCACCUACGCCGAUUCCCUCUGGUGGGGCACGGUCACGCUCACCACCAUCGGCUACGGGGACAAGACGCCGCAGACGUGGCUGGGGCGGAUGCUGGCGGCCGGCUUCGCCCUGCUCGGCAUCUCCUUCUUCGCGCUGCCCGCUGGUAUCCUGGGCUCCGGCUUUGCCCUCAAGGUGCAGGAGCAGCACCGGCAGAAGCACUUUGAGAAGAGGCGGACGCCUGCAGCCAAUCUCAUUCAGGCUGCGUGGCGGCUGUACUCGACGGAUGCCAGCCGGGCGUACCUGACGGCCACCUGGUGCUACUACGACAGCCUCCUGCCCUCCUUCAGAGAGCUGGUCCUAAUGUUUGAGCAUUUGCACCGAGCCCGCAACGGAGGAUUUAGGAAUUCAGAGGUGAAAAAAUGGCCUGACGGAGCCCCACCGCCGCCUUAUCAGUCCUUCACCUCUGGCCAGAAAAGCGCUGUCCCCGCGGCUUGUUCAGGGGAAAGCUGGAAGGAGGAGGACGCGCAGUCCCACAAGUGCUUGAGCCUCAGCACCAAGAUGGGCAUCAAGGACCGCAUCCGGCUGGGCCCCCCGGGCAGCCGGGGCCGGCAGCACCUGGCCCCCCCCCUGCAGCGCUCCCCCAGCCCCGAGGACAUCCCCGAGGCCUCGAGCCCCAGCAAGGUGCACAAGAGCUGGAGCUUCAACGACCGCACGCGUUUCCGCGCCUCCCUCAGGCUCAAGCCACGGCCCCCGGCCGAGGCCGACUGCCCGCCGGAGGACAGCGGCGAGGAGAAGAGCCCCCCCUGCGACCUGACCUUCGAGGACAUCAUGCCGGCCGUGAAGACCCUCAUCAGGGCUGUCCGGAUCCUGAAGUUCCUGGUGGCCAAGAGGAAGUUCAAGGAGACCUUGCGGCCCUACGACGUCAAGGAUGUCAUCGAGCAGUACUCGGCCGGGCACCUGGAUAUGCUGGGCAGGAUCAAGAGCCUGCAGACGCGCGUGGACCAGAUCGUGGGCAGGGGGGGCCCCGCUGCGGACAAGAAGACGCGGGAGAAGGGGGAGAAAGCGGCACCGGAGCCAGAGCCGGUGGACGAGCUGAGCAUGAUGGGGCGCGUGGCCAAGGUGGAGAGGCAGGUGCAGUCCAUCGAGCACAAGCUGGACCUGCUGCUCGGCCUCUACUCGCAGUGCCUGCGCAAGGGCUGCACCAACUCCUUCAGCCUGGGCGCCGUGCGGGUGCCCCCCGGCGAGCCCGACAUCACCUCCGACUACCACAGCCCCGUGGAGCACGAGGACAUCUCGGCGUCCGCCCAGACGCUGAGCAUCUCCCGCUCGGCCAGCGCCAACAUGGACUGAGGGCAGCGGGGCAGGGCGGCGGGGACGGAUCCUGACAGCCUGCGGCGGGGGCGCAGGACGGGG